CAGGCCAGCUCCUCUACCUAUUCAUGGAGUGUGUAGUCGUCCCGCACCCACCGCAGUACCUCCUCCCUCGUGCAGGCAAACACUAUGCCACUGCAGUCGACACAGCCAAUCACACCCAAACGAACAUACGAGACGUGUGAAGCGAUCACAUGUGAUCUUUGAGUUGCCCCUCUUCGCCCCUUGCCCUGCCUGUGGCAGCAUGGGCAGGCGAACACCGGCAGGUCCUUCUGCGGCUCCCCCUGCUCCCUCCGGGCGUUCUGUCUCUUCACCCCCGCGACACUCUGCUCGUGAGCCCUCUUCAUGUCGCCGAAGCACCGCACGCAGUAGGGGAUGUGUUUGCAUGGCAUGAGCUUGAUGGAUGCCGCGCCAUGCUCGCCAUAGCAGCCCACACACGUGCCUUUUACAGCGCUGUCAGUGGCGGGGAGAGGGGAAGAUAGAGGGGGCGAUGGGGUAGCGGGGGAGAAGAGCUGCGAUGUCGACGCUAUGCUGAAACGGACAACACGGGCGCGGCACACAGAGGGGCUCAUCGACAAUUCCAUGUGUAUGUGCGUGUGGCAUAUAUGAUGCGCACCCUUCAGCUGAUGGUGGUACGGGAGAGGGCGGUGCAGCGGCUGCACUGCUGGAUGGCUUGGUGAUACAACGCCGACUGGCACAACGCAACACAUCACGUCACAUCACAUCACAGACAGGAGGAGAGAAGAGACACCACCGCUUUCUCUGACCUCUUGUUAGAGGUGGCAUCCGAUGAUUGACUCCUUCGUUGACUCCCCGAUGCACCCUUCGUGCUGGACGGCUUCUCAUCCACCGAUGCGUUAAGCAACCCAGUCCUGCAACAAACAGACAGAAUCAUGGACACUCACCCACCCACCCAUCCCAUUAGCAGCAGACCCUUCCCACCUUGGAACACCGAUAGGCUCGACGAGGGGCGGCAGGCCGCCGCCUUUCACAUGGCCAGGUGUCCGAUGAGCGGGGGCUAACACACAAGAGUCAUAGCUAGACGACACAGGAGAGGCUGCCGACAGCGUCACAAGUGGAGGUCCCCAGGGGUGGCCCUGAGCUUGGGGGUUCCUCUGAGCUGUCGGGGGAUGGGAACAGGCGCUCGUCUGCUUGUCCUUCCUGCCUUUGGCAGCCCUCCCCUGCUGCAGAGCGACAGAGCGACGCCCGAAUGUGGAUGUGAUGAGCAUCUGAUCGAUAUCCUCGUGCUCGUGCUCGCUCUCUGGCUCAUCGGCCACCCCUUGUCCGCUGCUGGUCUUGGUUGCAGUCGACACGGAUGAGGCUUUCCCCACUCUUUGAUGCUGUUUCGGCUUGCUCUUUGGCCUCAUCGCUGACUUGGCUUCCUCCUCCUCCCGUAUCAAGAUUUCUGCCCGCCUUCUCGCCACCAAGCCCUCUGCCGCCCUCAUUACCUUCGUCAUCACCUUCGUAGCCGCAAUGCAGAGUCCCACGAGCAAGAGCCAGCAGUAUUCAUCCAG